AUGUCUGUGCAGUCCCUGAGCCACAAGAUGCAACAGCAAGCCGUGACCCAUAGCCGUCUCUAUGCUCCUCUCAAUCCCAAAACCCCUGAGAUUAGGGUAGUGAAGCUUCUUCCUUCACAGGAUUUCAACGCUCCAAUUGAAUGCGAACUCUCACACCGUCCUUUAUACAGUGAGAGCGAUGGCUAUGAGUCUUUAUCCUACGUGUGGGGAGCUCCGGAAUUUGUUGGAGAGAUCCUGCUGAGUGGCGAAUCGCAACCGACCACUCGGAACCUCGAAAUGGCCCUGCGUUACCUGCGUCUUCCUUCUUGUACGCGAACGCUCUGGGUGGACGCAAUCUGUAUCAACCAGAGCGACCCCAUCGAACGUGGCCAACAGGUCCGGUUGAUGCGAGACAUUUAUGCAAAUUGCAAAAUGGACCUUGCCUGGAUGCUGAGCUACAAGUGUACGUUGGAGCCCCCAGAGACCGGAAGGGACGGAGAAAGCUCAGUGUCGCAUCCGAGCAAGGAGAAGCAGCUCGAGACUAUUCACCAGGAAAUGGAAACAAUCGGAAAAGCAAUGGAACUCAUGAAGAAGAUUAAUGUGAAAGAUGCGACGACCCUGGAUAGGAUGAUAUUAAAUACAAAGCAAAAACGCUUCGUCUACGAAGAGCCCGAAAUAGAAAGCGAGCUCGACAUUCCUGGCAGAACCAGGCUUGUGGACAAGCUGGACGAGUUUCUUUUGAGUUCCGAGCAAUCAUGGCUUCUUUCAACCGCCUUUCAUGACGCGCCCAUUUGGGCACGAGUCUGGACCAUGCAGGAGCUCUCUCACGCGCCCCACGUCGUCUUGGUUGCUGGCCCCUAUCAGUUGGACUGGGAAGUUGUGACGGGAUUCCUGGGGGAGAAACCCUACGCCGACGCAUUCCAUGCCUUGUAUGGCCACGGAGACAAGGCAAAGGCCCUCGAGAGCCAUUUCGGCGGGUCACAGAAGGUAGACCAUCAGCGACGAAUCAUGGAAGCGGGCCACAAGUCGAAGCUUUUAGAUGUGCUGGCACGUUUCCAAUCCAACCGUGCUACGGAUCCAAGAGAUCGAAUCUAUGGUCUGUUGGGGCUAGCAACGGACCAGCAUAGUAUUGUGGUUGACUACAAGAAAUCGCCCGCACAGGUUUUUCAAGAAGCUACAUUGUCUCUCAUCGAAGACGCCAGGAACCUCGACAUACUUUGCCAAACAACCUGGACAACUAGCAACGCACUCACUCAUUCCAGACUUGGGAGGGGUGUGUCAGGACUGCCAACUUGGGUGCUAGACUUCUCCCGAGAGGUUGUUUACAAUGAGCACUUGCAGAUCCUGUUCUCCCAACGAGAAAUUUACAAAGCCGGAAAGCCUAAUAUUUAUGUGCCUUGCAAAGUUGUGGAUAAUAGGUUCUUGCAACUACAAGCUCUUAUCCUGGGCCGCGUAAAAUGCGACGUCGUCUUGGAAGGCACCAGAGCGCUUUGGAACCACGACAACGAGUUUGCGCCUCAGAAUUGGUUGGCAGAGUCUGAAAUCAAGACUGAGAUCACAGAUAAGAAGGAGCAAUAUAAAGGAACCGGAGAGGCCGCAUUUCGUGCUUACUGGCGCACGUUGUUGAUGGACUGCGCGGCCUAUCCCAUCACACGCCUCACCAAUGACGAGGUCCUGGCUGGUGAUGCUGCAUUCAAAGCCAUCCUUCAGUACACGAUUGAGCAAGACAGGUUUGACAGGAGUCAAGGCCGUAGCGGCAGUCUAGAGGAUGAGGACCUAACCCAACAUUGGGACCAGCUUCCUCAGUCGAUGAGACGCAUGUGGAGGCGGAACUACGAAUUCUGGACAUUUGCUGUCACCGAAAACGGGCUCUACACCAUGAUCCAAAAUGCAAAAGCAGGAGACGUCAUCGCCUCUGUAGAGGGAGCUAAAGUGCCCUUGAUUUUGCGCCCACAAGGUGCGUAUGAAGGCAAGAAGAUGUACGAAUUGAUAGGAACAGCUUACGUUCACGGUUUCAUGGACGGAAAAGCCUUCGAGAUGAUGGCCGAGCUGGGGCUGGUUGAGGACCAAAUUCUCCUCCAGUGA